CCCCGAGAAACGACCAAAACAAUCAUGUCGGCCUUGAAAGUAGGGCUGUCUGUUCGGCGGUUAUUGCCAUUGAACUAUGCAAAUGCACAACAGCUUACAAAGAGAACAUUUUAUCUGUAUUCUCCAGAGCCUUUUCAUCCGAUCCAUGGGAGAGAACCUGUGUGGAAAUCUGCUGAAGAAGCUGUCACCGUCGUUGAAUCCAAACAGAGAGUUUAUGUACAAGGAGGUGCUGCUUCACCAUUGAAACUGAUACAAAGUUUAGCAGAUUUUGGAAUGAAAGACAGACUUCGAGAUAUAGAGGUGAUACAUGCACCAACACAGUUAGAUUGUGUAUUCAGUGACAAAAAAUAUGAAGGAAUAUUCAGGACCAAUUCAUUUUACAUUUCCGAUCCAAAAGUUCGACAAGCAGUACAUGAAGGAAGAGGGGAUUUUGUUCCGAUAUUUUUGAGCGAGAUUCCAUUGUUAUUCCGUCGAGGGCUAUUUAAUCUUGAUGUUGCCUUAAUUUCCCUUAGCCCACCUGAUAAACAUGGUUUCUGUUCCCUAGGAACAAAUGUUGACUGCACCAGAUCUGCUGUUCAGAAUGCUAAAUACAUUAUAGGAUUGGUAAAUGAGAAUAUGCCAAGAACAUUUGGUGAUGGUAUAAUCCACAGCUCACAUGUUGAUGUUAUGGUAAAAAAUGAUGAACUUUUACCAGAGUUUACAGGGAUGAAACUUACACCAGAAAUUCAUGAAAUAGCCAGAUUAAUUGCUGAUGAUCUAGUUCAAGAUGGUGCAACUAUCCAGACAGGUAUUGGAUCCCUACCAAAUGCUGUAUUUGAUAAAUUAAGUCAUCACAAAAAUUUAGGUAUACAUACGGAAAUGUUUAGUGAUGGCGUAAUUGAUCUGGUGGAGAAAGGUGCAAUAACCAACGCUCAGAAAACUAUACAAACAGGAAAAAUUGUCAGUGCUUUUGCACUAGGAACAAAAAGAUUAUAUGAUUUCCUAGAUGAUAAUUCUUUUGUAGCUCUGUGUGAUUGUAGUUUUACAAACAAUAUAUCACUAAUCUGUCAGAAUCCCAGAGUUACAGCCAUCAAUACAUGUCUGGAAAUAGACCUUACUGGUCAAGUGUGUGCAGAUUCCAUUGGUUCUAUGAUAUAUACAGGAUUUGGCGGUCAAGUAGACUUUAUUAGAGGAGCUGCCUUGAGUUUGGAUGGGGAAGGUGUACCUGUUGUAGCAUGUCCUUCUACAGCUGUCACAGGAGAUAAUAUUACUUCAAGAAUUGUUCCAUCACUUAAACCUGGGGCUGGUGUGGUGACCACUAGAGCACAUGUUCAUUACAUCGUGACAGAAUACGGAAUAUGCAACCUGUUCGGUAAAAAUUUACGACAAAGAGCUUAUGAACUGAUCAAACUAGCACAUCCAAACUACAGAGAACAGUUAGAAAAGGCAGCGUUUGAGAGGUUGAAAUGCAUGCCAUCUCCAUAAAUUAAGUUUUCCUAAGAUUGUAUCAUAAUGUCAUGUCGAGGAAGAUGUGAAAGGAUGAAUUAGUUGUUGAUAAGGUCAAAGAAUAUAUAUUUCUGCUUCCUGUCUCCCUACUUACUCCAAAUUUUCAUGGCUACCCUAACACAUUUGAUGAACAUUUAUGGUUAAGCAAAGUUUAAAUUCAGACAAUUUUUGUUGAGCACUGUUUAACAAAAGAGUAUUUCCCUAAAUUUUCUUUUAAAAAUAUUUAAAAAAAAAGGAUAAAACUAAUUUACCUACCUACCCAAAUUUUCCUUAAGCAUGAUGAGGCAGGAUUCACAUAUAUACUUGUUUGGCUUGAGUGAAUAAACUCACAGUAUGUUAUGUCUAUAAACGGGACAAAAAAUAUGUUUAUUGUUAGAUAUAUGUUUACUUAGUAUACUUGUCCUCAGUUUGAAUUUUACCAGGUAUUGUUUUCUAUAUUUUCAGUCACUUAACCCCAUACUGUACAACAGAUUAGUUUCAUUUGAAUAAACAUCUUGCUGCCACAGUCAAAGUUGAAGAUCAUAGAAAAGAAAAAAUUCCCCAGAUUUGGGCAAAAUCUGGCUAACAGAUAUUUGUCUACAUAAAACUCAUCAGCGUUGCUCGAAUCAAAACUGUUGGAAAAUAAUCAAAUCAAUUACAAAGUGGAGCACUGGAAACCAAUUAUUUAGCCAUGAGUCUUAACUACUGUAAUGAUAAAAUAAGUAGGCAACAUUUAAGUGCGAAGUUAAGGGUGUUAAUAACAUUAAUGGUACCAAUUUUACUGCAUCAGAUAUGCAUUUAGACAAUAAAUGUUUCUUCAGAAGUUCAGUGAUGUAUGAGGCCAAUAUAUUUGAAAAACCAAAACUUAUACAAACGUUGGAGCUGAUCAAGCCAAAAUUAAUUAUUGCAACUUCAGAAAAUGUUGCUGAAAUUAUGCUUUUAAAAUUUAAGUGCUAUGUACCCUUUUGUUAUUUCAAUGCUAAGCAUAUUGAAAUUUUAUAGAACAUCCACAGUAUUUCUACCUAUACUCUUAUAUUUGACAGUUUGGUGCUUAAUAGAUAGAGGAUUAUUGCAUGCAGUGCUAAUAAUGAUUUCCCUAAAAUAAAUUUUAUAAAUAAAGAUAUUGGUUAAAACAAGUAAAAAUACAGACCUAUUGAAGUACACCUUCUAGGGUGCUCUCCACUUUAGUGGCUCAGCAUAAGGUUUUUUUAUUAAAAAGGUUGUUUAUCACUUUUUGUAAACAAUAAAUGCUAGCACAUCAUGAUAAAACAAGUGAGUAUUCUAUGUUUAAAAUUUUGUUUUGAAAAUCUCUAAUAAAGUCUGUGGAUUUUCUGCAAAGAUCUUGGCUUUAUUUUCCACAAAAUCUCCAUUUACAUUUAAAUGUAAUGAAACAGUAAAUAAUGUUUCUUUGAAAGACUUUUCCCAUUGGUAUAUGUACAAAAUGGCAGGUCAUUUUUAUUUUGUAUUUUAGCACUUUAAAAGUGUUGUAAUUCACAGGACUACAGAAGGGGUCACAAAUCUUAAAUUGCAAAUUUUUAUUUUGAUUCCUUUGCAAUAAUAAAAACAUGACAAAAGUUUCUGAUUUUACAGCAAUAUCCUGGUUUGGGAGAUAUAUUUUCUACCUCCUUGAUUGGUUAUUUUGUCAUUGAUGGGAAGGUUAUAUGCUAAUCAGAUCUGUGGAAUAUUUUAAUUUAGUAUAUUGCAAAUAGAAGAACCCAUUAUUAUCAUAUUAUUUUGGGUUCAUAUUGUUAUGUAUAAUUUUGAUUGAUUUUAAUCAUUUUUUUUCAGUAGUUUGCAUCAUUGCCAUUGGUCCUUGUUAUUGGAUUCUUUCUCAAUUGAUUAUUUCCCCGGGUACCAGUUUUCAUUGUCAGAUUGAGAAACAGUUGUAUGUAUUAGGAUACUUGUUUAUGUGCUUUUGACAAAACUUACAUACAAGCCUGUGUGAUAUUUGUACUUCUUUGAAAUUAGUUGAUAACAAAGUCCAUGAAGUCCAUGGAAAAGAGUAGUCCAUGAGUAUAUAAUAGUGAAUGCACAGUAAUAUAUGACAAUAGGAAUGGGUUUUUUUUUCAAGAGAAAAAUGUCCCAUUUACUACUGUUAGAAUCAAAUGAGUCUAAAAGAUUUAUCUUUAUUCUUCAAUUUUAUGACAAUGAUGGAUAAUGAAUAUUUGAAAAUCUUUGAAAUUUGUUCAGCAAUAUUUGCUAACAAUGUUUCUAUUAGCAUGCAAGCUAUAUUGUUUUUAUUUAUUUUCCUGUUGUUAAUGUAAUUUAAUUUCACCUGAUUCUAUUUUACUUGUUUGAUAAUAUAAAAUAUUGAAGAAUAUUUUUAAAAUAUAAAAUAAAGUAAGCAUAACAGUUGUGUCCAACUUAUAUGUAUAGUAUCUCUAAUAUUAUAUUGGGCUUUAGAAGCAGAGGGGUCUAAGUAGUUCAACUACUGUAUCACUAGCCUGUCAACAGUGAGGUUGUGAGUUAGAACCCAGCAAGUGGCAGGUGUGUUAGACUCCAAUCUUAUUGACUAGGAUUGGCAGUUUUCCUACUGAAGGUUUUAUCCAGGCACUCUAGCUUUCUCCACCAAUAAGGGCUAUUCCAUUAAAAUGUAUGUGGGAGGGUAGGAAGGGACUUUCAAAAUAUCCCUACAACCAAGAACCAUUUUUUAGAUAAUUUUGCAUAAUGGUAAUAGAUGCAUACUGAAAAAAGACCCAUGACCCACAUUCAAUAAUUAAACUUCCCUUCCUACCCUCCCACAUACAUUUUAAUGGAAUAGCCCUAAAACUGACUGGGAUAAUAUAGCCAAUAGGACUGGAAGUGGCUUUUAACACCAACAAUCAAUCUAAUAUUAUACUGCUUAUAAAGUCUUAUGUAAUGUAUCAUACAAAUUUGAUAAAUAUAAUUAGUAAAAACUGUGCUAUAUAAGUGUAGAAUAUAAUAUCAUGUAUAUAAAACCACAAAAGUUUACUAUAAUGUUUUGAACAUUGAAAUAAAAAUGAUAAAUAAGGACAAUUUAAAUGAUUGUUUUGAGUUGUUUGAAGAAAUGUUGACUUAUUCUAUAUCUUUGACCUAACAAAAAUAUAAAAUUGUACAUUUUCUUCUAGGAUUUUUUUUCUUUUCGUUUUUUUCAAGUGGCAAACAAAUAAAGUAUAAACAUCGAAACAGGUUGUAAAUAGAUAAGAUGUUAGAAAGAAUGAAGAAAUAUUUUUAUUAUGGUUUGGAGUAUUAGAUUUUAACAUAAGUAUUAGGUAACCGAAAUUUAAACUGCUGAUUAAAGUUAUGUAUAGCAUUUUUAGAAUUUUACACAUGUUUUGAUGUGCCAAUAACAUUUGCCUGAUGAAUAACAUCGAAAUGCAGUUGAAAAAUAAGGAAAAAAAAGAUAUUAAUUUUUUUAACUUGUUAUUAUAAUUGGUUUGCUUCAACAAAUGAAACGGUUUUGCUUUGAUAUUUGUAAUGUAACAAUAUUUUUAUUGUUAAAAACCACUGAUUUUUUGUCAAUACUUGAUUAUUUCAAUUAAGUGUAGUCAUAUAUAUGUAACUGACAUUAAUGUAACUUGUUUAUCCUUGCCCUGUCUUUAUGGAAAUCAAAAUAUUUUAUUUCAGCAUUGUGCUUUGUAUUGUAUUUCUUAUGCCAGGAGCUGAAUGUUAUUAUUUUUGCACUGAACUGCAUUACAAUAUUAUUUUAACAUUAAAAUUUCUUAAUAAAUUUUA